GGGGGUUUCCCCUGCUAGUUUCCGCCAUGAACUCCACGCUCUCCCGAUGACGAUCCUUCCCCUAGACGCGCUUCGAAAUUCAAACUCAGACGCGUCUUCUAUUUUGCUCUUCAUUCUCGAGUGGUGUGAGCAAGAUCAGGACCGCACUCCUUUUUGGCCCUUAUCUGAGUUCUGUGGCUGGAUUUCAACCAUUGAGCCACUCCUUUUGGGUCGGUUUCAUCAUCUCCUGACUUUUGACUCGCACAAUCCGAGUCCACAAACAUCAUGUCAUCAUGGGUGUUCCGUCCUCCCGUGGCACCAUCCACAGGCGUCAUGCCUAUCUCAGCUCUCCUCUCGCCUCAGCCAGACGCUGAUAAAGAGAACCAUGGCCCCGCUGCAAGCAAAAGCCUAAAGCGCAAGUCCCUCGAUGACCAUGCCAUUGCCCCAGCAGGAUCAGGCAUGUCCCUCGACGACAUCAACCUCGAAGGCGUACCAAUCGACAUGAACUGCGACCAGGUCCGUCGCAAAAUCAAUAAUAUUCUCGAUUCCGCCGCCAUGACCAAAACCGCCUUCGCCCGUGAGAUUGGCGUCAGCGUCAAAUCGCUUUCAGGCUUCUUGGGUGUCCACGGUCCCUUCAACGGCUCAGGCUUCGCCGCCUAUGAAAACGCCUGGGAGUGGUUCAAGAAGAGGGAGAUGCUCGGUAUCCCUCUGCUAGUAGGGAAGAAACAAAAGACUUCCGCCACCACUGCUGCCUUUGCUGCUCCUGCUGUCACUGUGGCCCCAGCCCCCGCAACCGCAUCCAAAGCCAAACCCUCCGCUGCCUCUUCGGUUCCUGAUAUCAGCGGAAUUCACCUGGAAGGUGAGGAAACUGACUCCGUCCCCGUCUAUGACUCUUGCGACGAAAUCCGCCGUAAGAUCAACCUACAUCUCAAGAAAGACGGCGUCACUCAGGCGUCUUUCCUCCGGGACAUCUACGCCCAGCUUCGCGGCCCCAGCAAGCCAGGAAAAUGCUUCCAGAGCGUGCAGCUCCAGCGAUUUAGGGGAAUGAAGGGGAGUAACUGUGGGGUGAAAUCAGCGUUGUAUUACGGGGCUUAUGUCUUUUUUGAAAAGAUCCGGAUCAAGGAGGGGAGGCCGAAGACGAAGCAUAGGUUGGAAAUGGAGGGGCUUUGGGGGGCAGCAGGGGCGGAUAGGGAGCAUGAUGGGAACACUAGGGUUUGGGUCUUGGGUGUGGCGAGCAAAGGAGGUGGUGGGAGGGGGAGGGGAGGUGGGGGGUAUGCUUACUUUUGA